CGCGAAUUAUGGUUUGAGGUUAUUACAUGUAGUUAUUAGUUUAUUGUUUAUAUUUUCCUUUAUUUUAUGUAAAAGUGAUGUAAUAGUAACGUUUAUGUGUUAUUUAUAAUAAUGGCAACAAAAAGACUUCGAGCAAAAGCGGAAGCUGAAUUGAAGAAAAAGUUACUUGAAGAAACCAAACAGAAAGAGAAACCAACUAUAUUUUUUAAUGGAAAAGUUGAAUAUUGUAUAACUUUUAUUGACUGUGCAGCUGUAUGCGAUAAAUUACUAGAAGAAGCUAAUAGUAAACCGGAUUUAUUUCCAAUAGGUUUUGAUUUAGAAUGGAGGUUUACUUUUCAGGCUGGAUCUGAAAAAACUGCUCUUAUUCAAUUAUGUGUAGAUUUUGAAAAAGUUUAUCUUUUGCAUGUAAUAAACUUCAAAACUCUUCCUAAAUCUUUAAAUUGUUUAUUAUCUUGCAAAAACGUUAGACUUGUUGGUGUUAACAUUAAAAAUGAUAUAAGAAAACUUGCUAGGGACUUUCCUGGAUUAGAUGUGGAAUCUUUUAUAAAUAAUUGUAUUGAUUCUGGUGUUCAAGCCAAUAAUAUUUUGCCUGUGACUCAGCGGUGGAGUAUGGAAAGACUUGUAGAUUAUUUAUUUGAAAUGCGAUUAAACAAGAAUAAAAAAAUUCGAUGCAGUAAAUGGAAUAUUGUGCCGUUAAACAAAGAACAGAAAGCUUAUGCUGCAACUGAUGCUUUUGUAUCUUUAAAAUUAUAUACACAUUUGAAAACGCUAGAAAAAGAAAAUUUGUUACAACAGGCAAAUAUACAAUAGCCCACGGUCAAGCUAACAAGUUCUGGAAAUUUAAUACAGAAAAAGACUGCUUGUUAUUAUUCGAACGCAAACUAAAUAAUCAUAGUAAUACGUAGUUAAGUUUAAAAAUAAAAUAUCAUUUUUCUAAGUAAUUUACCAUUAUUUAACUAUGAUUCUUAUGGAAAUUUUAAAUAUAUUUUUAUAGAUUAAUACGUUUAUAUUUGUAAUCUCAAUUCUUAUGAUGAAUAAAAGAUAUUAAGAAGU